AUGGGCGACGCGCGGGCGCGACGGGCGGUGGGAACGACUGGACGCGGACGGGUGGUUGGAGCGACCGAUCGCGGGGACGACGGCACGGCGACGGUGCGGGCGACGGCGACGACGGACGCGGACGCGGACGCGGACGCGUGGCGACUUGAGCGGGACGCGAAGCGCGGGACGUCGGCGCUGGAGCGGGCGAGCGACGCGGUGGCGCGCGCGCGGGCGCUGGCGCGGGCGACGGCGGACGCGAGCGGACGGAAUCGGUUUCUACAACGCGCGCGCGUCGUGGAAGACGCGGUGCGCGCGCGCGUGGUGGCGGCGGAACGCGCGUUCGAGGCGGUGGCGGGGACGUCGGCGCUGGAGCGGGCGCGCGGGAGGACGCGGGCGGCGGCGCGGGACGGCGGCGCGGAGCGCGGAGCGGGAUCGUUCUCGUUCGCUCGAGACGACGGUGGCGCUCGGGAGGUCGUGGACGACGAUGGGUCGAGUGAUGCGUCGGUUGAUGGGUUCGGCGUGGACGACUCGGACGACUCGGACGCGGAUCCAGACGUUCGCGACGUGGACGAAGCUCGACGAGAGAUCGCGCGUUUACUCCGAGCGAGUAAGUCGCGACGCAAAGCGGCUCGCGCGAGACACAUAGCGCAGAACAGAACGACCGCGCACUCGGCGCUCGACGGGAGGAAGAAACUCAUCGGCGACAGAAUCGCCGUCAUCGACGGCUUAUUAUCCGCCUUGGCGGAGACGACGUAA